AUCUAUUUCAUGCUCGGUAAAAACGAUGUCGUUUCAUUGACAACGCACAUCUCUCGCUUUGAGCUCCUAUACCUGUUGAUGCUCUGUUAAACCCUCCGAAAAACUCAGUCUGCAGAACUUAAAAAUCACUUUUUUUGGAUCGUCACGUCAAAAAAAUGUCAUCUUUUUUAUUUAAAAGAUCACGCGGUUGCUCAUCACUUAUCUGUCAGAACACUAGAACCACAACUCCAACGCUCGGCUCAACACAGUUUCACAAUCGCAUUGACUCUGAUCAAAUUCAUUCGCGUUUGCCUUCUGGGUUCUCUUUGUUUUUUACUAAAUUCACGAAAAACCCAUCUGGGUCUAACCAAAAUCUUGCCAAAGCAUACCCGUUUGAGUUUAGGAACUUACAGGAUAUGACUUUGGCAUCUGGGUUUUGUAUUUUGAGGCAAAAUAUUCUAAAAACUCCAUCUGGGUUUAGGUGUUUUGCUACACAGGCUGCAGUUGAACUUUCAACAUCUGAUGGGCUAACUGUAGAUGGUAUUGUGGCUAAUCAAUGGACAAUUCUUGAUGAAAGGGAGAGUGACUGGAGGAGUCAUGCUGCUGCUAUUGCUCAAUCCAUUCAAGUUAUCAAGAAACGGUUACAGUGGAAGAAAUUGAUGGUUAGGUUGAAUCUGUUAUCUGCUGAGCUUAAUAAGCCGAACCUUUGGGACGAACCUGUACAUGCUGGAAAGGUAAGUCGUGAGCAUGGUUCACUAAUGGGUAAAAUGAAAGAAGUGAAGGCAUUUGAACAAGAAUUACUUGAGCAUAUUGACAUGAUCAAGCUUGCUCGGGAUGAGAAUGACGCGGAGCUGGAAUCGGAAUUGCUAAAAGCUUUGCUUUGGAUGAGAAGAAAUUCAAAGGAGAAAGAACUUGAAGCUCUCUUAUCUGGAGAGCAUGAUCCUUACUCUUGUUACAUAGAGGUUCAAGCGGGCGCUGGGGGUACUGAGAGCAUGGACUGGGCUUCAAUGGUCAUGCAAAUGUAUAAAUCAUGGGCUCAACGGCAUGGAUAUGGGGUCACCCUUGUGGAUGAAAUGCCUGGUGAGAUUGCAGGAAUCAAGCGAGCAACAAUCAAAGUAGAUGGUGAAUAUGCAUUUGGAUAUGCCAAAUCAGAAGUAGGAGUGCACAGGUUGGUGCGAAUCUCACCUUUUGACAGUGGAAAACGGCGACAUACAUCGUUUGCUGCUGUUGCUGUAAUUCCAAUCUUAGGUGAUGGAUCUACCCGUGUACAAAUUAACGAAUCUGAUCUCCGAAUUGAGCGAUUUCGUGCGGGGGGAGCUGGUGGGCAACACGUGAACACAACUGAGAGUGCUGUGAGAAUAACUCACAUUCCUACAGGAGUCACUGCUACUUGCCAAAAUGAAAGAUCACAACAUCAAAAUAAGGCUUCGGCAAUGGCUGUGCUUCAAUCUCGAUUAGACCAGCUUGAGAUUGCGCGUCAGGCUCAGAUGAAUUCAGAACAUACACAGUCUCUUACUGACAUAAGCUGGGGCAAUCAGAUUCGAACUUAUGUGCUCCAUCCUUACCGCAUGGUGAAGGACCUCAGAACUAGCUAUGAGGUUUCUGAUCCUGACUCCGUACUUGAGGGAGACCUAGACAGCUUCAUAUUGAGUUAUUUAUCAGCUUCCUUGGAUAAAGAUGAAGAUCAACAAUAGUGGUGAAACCCUGCAUGGUCAGUGAAAACAAAUGCAGAGGGAAUAAUCUAACUAGUGGUUCUGGGGAUUUCGGUACCUUAACAAGGGAAGCUGCAAUGUCAGUCCUGUAGCAUUUGUAUAUUUAUUAGAAGGAUGAAAUGUAAUCCUUCUCAUAAGUAAUAUGUUUGCCAUAUAAACCGUAUGUAUUAAUUUAUUAUCAAGUUUUGGGCUUUAAUUGCUGCAAUAGUGUAACCA